AUGAUAGCGAUAGGAACAAUGCUUAUUGCAUAUAUUCAACAUACUUGUGGUAUGUUUAGAAUUUCCAAUUAUCGUAUUACACGCGCAAUGCAUAUAAAUACGUUAAAAAAUAUUAAAUUAAUGAAGGAGAAUUUAAUAUUGAAAGGAAUAAUUAGUGCUGUAAACAUUCAUCGUCAAGCAAUGAGAUUAUCCGGACUUUUGGUAUCAAAAAUUCAGACAAUGUUGUUCUGUUUAAUAAUAAUCGGAGUGGUCUCUUUGAGUCUUAAUCUUUUUCAAAUUGCCUCAUCCAGAAAUAAUAUCAAGGAGUUUAUAUUUCCCUUUCUCUUUGUAACUCUCAGUGUCGUAUACAUGUUUUUAGCUAAUUAUGUGGCACAGGAUGUAAUGGAUCACAAUAAUGACAUCUUUGUUACUGUGUAUAAUGUAAAGUGGCAUGCAGCUCCGUUACAUAUACAGAAAUUGAUACUGUUUCUGCUGCAAAGAGGCGCCAAAGAUUUUACUUUAAGCGUCGGUGGACUAUUUGUUGGAUCGUUGGAAUGUUUUGCCAUGCUGGUGAAAGCAUCUGUCUCAUAUUUUACUGUCAUAUAUUCAACGCAAUAA